AAAGACAAAGAGAAUGCGAGAGACAGCGAGAAAGACAACGAACUGGAAAAGGUAGAAAGAAAACCAAGAAGAAUGGGAGGAAUAAAGCGAAGGACAACGAAUAGGAGAAAAUACAGAGAAAGACAAAGGGAAUGAGUGGGAUGGAGAGAAAGUCAAACUGAAUGAGGUAGAGAGAAAGACAAAUUGAACGAGACAGACAGAGAGACAGACAGAGAGAGGGAGAGGGAGGGAGAGGAAGAAAUAAGAGGUGUAUAUAGGGAUGGGGAGGAAGGAAGCAUUCAUUCAAUCUAUUUGUGUUUAUCCACUGAGCGAACACCUGGGUUGGCGGCCCUUCGCUCAGCCGCGUGAAGGGAAUAGCAAUGAAAAUGAAGGACAGAGGAAGAUGUAAUAAGGGAGAGAGAGACAGGUAAAUAGAUAGAUAUGUAGGUAGGUAAGUGAGUAGGUACAUAGGUGGUUAGCUAGAUAAAUAGAUAGAUAGAUAGAUAGAUAGAUAGAGACAGAUAGAGAGAGAGAGAGAGAAACGGUAGCUGGGUAAAACCAAAACCUUAUUGACAUUUCUAAAAAUCUAAUUAUUGGAGAAAAAACGCAUUUAAUCUACUCAAGUGCAUCUAACAUGUAAAAAAGUGAGUAAGAUUUUAGAACUAUGUAUGAAGAGAAAAAAAGAAAGAAAAGAGAACAGAAAGAAGAAAUAAUAUAUGAUUACUUUGAUCCCGACGCAAGAUUUCGAUAAUGCAAGUCAUUUUGUUAUGCUCUUAUAACCAUUAUUUUUUUCUUCUUAUAGUAAACAUUAAGCAUCGGUGUAUAAGAUUUUUUUUUUGAAUAGCUCCUCGAUGUGAUACUAAAUACAACAAAACGAAAGACUCAAUUACAGUUUUUUUUUUUAAAGGGGACGCAGACGUAGGGGAGAGUGAAAAGAAAAGACAAAAAAAAAAAAAAAAACAUGGUAUAGUGUUCAAGUGACUGCCUUUCUCAACAAUCGUAUUGCUAGUGUAAUCGACUGCCUCUGACCAUGGCGGGUCCACAGAGCAGGUGAAUGAACAGUUUUUGGUGAUCGUAGAGAAAAAAAAGCGAUUGGAAAGAAAACGGAAAGAAAGAAAACGGCGCCUUGUCCGCCAGCGCUCAUGAGAACGGGUGCCAUGAUCGAGGUGUGGUUCAUGAGUGGACUGUGACCCAGCAUGACCUCCUCAUUCCUGGGACCCCAUGGACGCGUCAGCCGCUCUUCGGACGCCUAGUCCCGGCCUGACCUCACCCCAGGGCCAGUCUAAGGUCAGAGGUUAGCCAUGUCCUCGGGGGCGGUGCAACGGGAGCCUGCGGGGACGGGCCAGGGCGGCACUUCCCCGCAGCAGUUCUACGCCCACGGGCUGGAGGGCUGCUCGCAGAAGGAGCUACACCUGGCGGCGCUGGGCUCGCUCAAAGGGGAAAUUCUAGAAUUAUCGUCUCGCCUCAAAAUGGUUUCUCAGGAACGGGACAUGCUGGAGAAAACGCUUACAGUCACGCAGCUCGAGAAGGUGAGAGUGGAGAGAGAGAGCGAGGACAGACUGGACUCCCAGGCCCAGCGCUACGAGGAAAGACUAACCGAACUGCACUCUGUCAUCGCCGAACUCUCCCGCAAGAUCGACCAGCAGAGGAUCAACGUCAUCGCCGAGGAGGAGGCGGCGGUUCCUGAGGACUACUCGCAGUCGGAACUCUCGCACGACCAGCACGAUGCUACGGAAGAUUCAACUAGUGAGGCUGUCGAGUCUGAAGAACACGCGGAGGAGAACAGGGAUAACACAGCCACGGAUGCUUCGACAUCUUGUGACAUAGAUGAUAGAGCUGUGGAGGCCGGAGAAGGCAUCGCAGACCUGGACGUGAGCGAGUGUCCCAGAGGCAGUGGAGAUACAAGCAGCUGCCGGGCUUCAGGGGACGAGCCUUGCCGUUCCUUAAGUGCUUUGGAGGAGGAGGUGAAAGCACUCCGAGAGGAGAACAUGAGCCUCCAACAUGCUCUCGCCGUUGCACAACACAGUGCCUCAACUCAUCGCAAUGCCCUUGCAACCCUCACUCAGGAGAGGGAUGUCCUCCGUAAAAAGCUUCGCGAGUAUCAAAGAAUGCAGCCAGCGAUGCCGCCCCAGUCCCCCCAGGUCGCCGAUGCCGUCACGGUGCGUGGGCUGAGAGGAGCUCCCUUGGCCGCCUUCACUGCCACUUCAGGAGGAUCGGCGCCCAGCGGCUCAGGACCUGGCACCGUGUCACCUUCUCCCUCCCCUCAGCCCCCGGAGAGCCACACGCCCACUCAGGACGACACGCCCAUUAUCUGCCGAUUGGCAGAGAGGGUUCGUCUUAAGAAGGCUGAGAGUGGAGACCAGCGAAUAACAGGCUCAGACCUGAGUAGUGUAGGAGUGUGGACGACGGCGGUGGCGGAGCAGUUGGUCGCCGGGGUUCAGGAAGAGAGUGAUGCCCAGGAGCUCUACCACGCCCUGGCCACUGCAGGAGGUGCGCUAGCUCCUCAUGAGAGACUAAAAGAGUUUGAAGUGGAGAUAGAGAGACUGCACGCUAAGGUGGAUCAUUUGAAAGCACAGAAUGAUGUGUUGGCCAUUACUCUUAGUGAAUCGAAAGCACACUGUGAUCAUUUGAGUAUUCUCAUAGGGAAAUAUGAAUCAAAUUCGACUGCCUUACAACUAGCAGUGACCAACCUAGACCAGACUAUAGAAGCUUAUGAAGUGUUAGUGGCACUCCUGGAAAGUGAGAUUGCGUUGUUAUUUGCCAGUUGCAAAGCUGCGGGUGUUGGGGUGAAGGGAAAUGCUGGGGUGAGUCUUUCAGACCAGGAAGACCUCGUGGCUCUCGUCAGAAGAGCCCAGGAACAACGAAGGUCCACAGAAAAUGUUGCCCGGCAUUUACUUUCCCGUUUGGAGAGGGCGAGCGGAAUGCAGAAUGAUUCGGAAAACUGGAACGAGGCCAGUAUAAGCCAUAAUACAAGCACUGCCUCAUCCACAUCAAGUGGAGUCGACUCUGAUGUAAGCCGAGGAGAGGAACAGCGCCUUCGAGAAACCAUCGGGAAGAUGCGGGAUGAGAGAUGUCAGGUUGCAGCCUCCAUCCUCCCACUCGAGUCGAUCCACGUAGAUCCACUCACCCGGCACUAUCCACUCAGCCUUCACGACGCCCACAAGCUGGACCUCGAGAAUGCAGUGUUGAUGCAGGAACUCACGGCCAUGAGGGAGGAUCGGGCAGAACUAAGAGCUCAGGUAUACCUAAUAGAAAGGGAGAAAGCAGGUCUCGAGCUAAGAGUCGGGACGUGCGAAGCCCAAGCAGCUGCCUAUUGUGCAACCAUAGACCAUUUAAGAUCGGAAUUAUCCCUAGCGCGUCCGGAUGGCAGUAAUGAUGUGGAAGGAGAAGGCGACAGUGGUGUGGACUCUUCAUCGCCCGAAAUCAUGGAAGCCUUACGUCGCGAGAGACAGCUGAAAGUCCGCGUCCAGGACCUGGUCACGACCCUCGAGAAGGUGACCAAAAACUCGGAGGCUCGACACAUGCAGUCGCAGGAGUUCAUCAAUGACCUGAAGAAGGCUAAUGGAGCUUUGCUAACGGCAGUUGAUCGUCUCAAAAAGAAAUAUGCAUUGAAGGUGAAGAGAAUGGAACAGCAGAUGAUGGGGAUGGUCGACCGCCAUGCUCACCAGGUAGCCUUUGUCCGGGUUUUGAAGCAGAGGAUCGCCAACCUGGAGGACGAUCCCGGGUCGCAGCAAACACAGAUGAUCUCGACAGCGAGCGAAACUUCCCUUUGAAAUCUCACAAAAAGAAGGAAAAAAUAUUAAAAAUGAGCAUUAAGAUUCCUCUGAAGUGGUAAAUAAGCUUCAUGCUUCUGUUAUAUAGUGUUCUUCAAAGAUUUUUUUUUUUUUGAAAUGUAUGUAUAUGUGUGUGUGUGUGUGUGUGUGUGUGUGUGUGUGUGUGUGUGUGUGAGGCAAAAGAAAAUUGAAAGGGAAAGAGAACUGAUAUGAUUAUUCAUUUUCUGGAGUAAUGUUUUUGAAGGAAAUGUUUAUCGAGAGGUCACACAAUUGGCAAUUUAGCAAGUAAUCACACAAAAAGUAUAGUAUCAAAAUAUUAAUCAGAGUUGAAAUAUUUAUAUAAUAUUUAUAUAAAAAAAACUGAAUCACUUUUAAUAAUUUAAGACAAACAUUAUAUAUAUAAUUAGGAUUUUAUUUACACAAUUAGGCAUGCAGAUAAAAAACAACAAAAUCCAGAAACAGAAAAAACAAAUAAAAUGAGGCAUUUCUUCAUGAUAACAAACAACUGUAAUUUUUUAUCCUUUCUUUUGUUCAAUGUUAUUUUCCUCAAAAAAUAUUGUUCAUCAUGUUCAGAUUCCCCCAAAUUAUGCAUCUUGAUAAGGUCCUCAGGUAUACUAUAUCAGGGAGAGCAAAAGGGGGAAACGCACGGGGAUGAAUAAAACUAGUGAAACACAGUAAUAGGAGAUAAAUAGAAAAAUAAAAAUAAAGGAGAAAAUGAAUAUGAAAUGAAAGAAAUCUAAAGUUAAAAGUGUGUGAAUAUUUUCCUUUUUUUUGUGUAGGGAAGCACCAUUUUUUUUCCAAUAACAUGGGAUUCAGUUACAUUUGAACAAUGUGUAUCUAUUUUUAUUGUUUUCUAUAAAAUAGGUAUUGAAAUCAUUAAAGAAAAAUGAAAUUGAUAUGAAAUAGAAGUUUGGUUCAUGGGAUUGAAUGAAAGAAGGAGAGGAAAAGACGAAAAGAAAUGAAAUAAAGACGAAGCUAGUUGGCUGUGAAUCGUUUACAUUGAAGAGUGAUGGAUACUGUUGAAAAAAAAUUCAACCUCAUUAGCAUAUGCAUGGUGACUUUGCUGUAUCUCUGGCUUCCUUUCAUACCACAAAUCACUGUACAAUUUCAUACCACUUUUUUGUGAAAUCAUGUCAUUAUCAUUUGGAAAAAAAAAACAGAAAGAAAACGAGACUUGAUGACUUGCAAAAUAUGGAAAAAUCCAUUAGGAAGUUUGCUGAUAUACAUUUGUUUUUUUUCUUUUAUAUGUCCAAAAUAAUAAAAUGAAUUACAUAUAUAUGGCAAAGACUAAUUUACUGAUAUUAGUCUAGUUUAAUCUCUGCAUAAGUGUUCUUUCCAAAUAAGGUAGUUUCACAAAAUGUCUGAGGUGCAAUGUAUGAAAGAAAUAUAGAAGAUGCCUGCAAAGUGCAGGACAUUUCCAAUAUAUAUAGUAAUGCAAUGAACAUGUAACUUUAUGAAUUAUGGAAUCAUAAAGGGAUUUUUUUUUAGUAUUUUGUAUAAUAUCAGUUGAUGUUGUUUCAAUAUCAUUUUUAAAAAUAAUCUACAGUAUAGUUAUGUUUCUUUGAUUGAUAGACUACACAACAGGCCCCUUUUGGAGACAGAGGAAGAAAAAGAGAGAGAAAGAGGGAGAAAAUCAUGAAGACAAUUUGAUGUAGAAUCUUGUAGACUUAAUAAUCUUGCAUACUCAACAAAGGUAAUUAGAGAAAUGUGCCAAACUAGUCCAGUGUACAUUAAAUAGACAAAAACGUUGCAAAUAAUAACAGAAGAGGAAUAAUGUUAAAAGAACAGAAUUUCAAAGUACAAAAUCCUUGCUCUCCUGUUGCACAAGGAUAAGUGCAAACCUGCUCUGAUCAGUAUCUCAAAAUAUAUCCCAGCAUAUCAGUGUCACAUCAUUUUUAUUCACAAGCCAUAUCAUAAACAGUAUACUUUGUGAAACCCAUUAGAUAGAAUUUGAUAGUUUGAAAACAUGAAGGUAGUUGCAUAAUCGCUCAGUUUUAGUGAUAAGUAGAUUUUUUAUGCGUUUCAUUAUAUAGAUACAUCCAAAUAACAUCAUCCAUUACUCGUUAGCUUUUUGUUUUUGUUAAAGAUUAACAAAGCCAUAGAAACCCUUUUUUUUUUUUUUUUUUUU